GUUCGCGUACGCCACUGCACACAGUCGGCCAGCCAAACCAAGGCAGGUGCCUGUCGAAGUUAUAUGGGUUAGUUUUUUUUGCUAAGACCGAGAGUGCACACCUGCCGCGCAUCGCGGUUCGCCUCUGCCAUCGAUUAAUCAAAAACCUCGUCACUAAAAUCGUUCGCGAAACGCCCCGGAACACUUAUGCGGGAAAAUGUCGCGAAAACAGUGUUACUAAUUCGGUGCGGGGUUACAUUAAAAAUCCCGGUCCCUUUUGACGUAGCAGAGUCCCUCCGGACCACCAUUUUUAUUUAUUAAGGGCUCGUUUAGCAAAAAAAUUGUGUUAUAAUUGUAACAGAAAAUUAAAGGAAUCAAGUGAUCGCGGAUAAGUGAUCGAUCUGUCAAGAAUCUCUCCAGUGAUGGUCACGUUUUGGACCUCGAUUUACUAAAUGUUUGACUAAAUUCUUAAAGUAUUCCAUGAGAUCGGCUGUGAAUCUUUGAUUUUAAUCUCGAAACGUACGCGACGAAAAAUUUAGGUGUCCUCGUUAAUCACACGAUAGUGUUUGGUAAAUCUUCGCACAAUCACCGUAGAAAAUGAACCGCAACCAGGGACAGAGAAUUUUGGUACCCGACGACCUCCGCGAGGUUCUCCUCGAAUUCACCAUAAGCUACCUUUUGGAACAACCUGGCGAUGUGGUUUCGUACGCGGCCGACUACUUCCAAAGGUUAAGGGAGAGUAGAACUACUGCUAUUGUGUUUGGGGAGGGAAGCGAAAUUACGGGGGCUACUCCUUCUUCUGCCGAUGAAUCUACAUUAUCUAGAGAAGAAGAACCGCCAAUAACUCGGUUCUCAACUAGACGUAAAUCGGUCUUUGCGGAAGCGUACGAUCCGGAAGAAGACGACGAAGAUGAUGGCGCAAAAUCAAUAUUCCCCAAGUCGGAUGAACAGCGACAGCAGCUUGCAGAAGCCGUCAAGAAUAUCUUGUUGUUCCGGGCCCUCGAUCCGGAGCAAAUGCAGGAAGUCCUCGAUGCUAUGUUUGAGAGGAAGGUCGAGGAAGGAGAACUUGUUAUCAAACAGGGUGACGAUGGAGACAAUUUUUAUGUUAUUCAACAAGGUACCUUCCAUGUUUUUGUACAAGAACCCGAAAAACAACCCGUAAAAAUCUGUACUUAUGAAGACGAAGGUAGUUUUGGAGAAUUAGCUCUUUUGUACAAUAUGCCGCGAGCGGCAACGGUGAAAGCAGUGACGGAAGGUUCGUUAUGGGCAAUGGAUCGACUAACGUUUAGACGUAUUCUGUUGAAAUCCGCUUUCAAAAAGCGGAAGAUGUACGAGGCAUUGAUCGAGAGCGUACCGAUGCUCAAGACCCUUCAACCGUACGAACGAAUGAACCUCGCAGAUGCUCUCGUACCGAAAACGUUUGAACCCAAUGAUAAGAUUAUCAAGCAGGGUGACGCCGCAGAUGGGAUGUACUUUGUCGAAUCCGGAACUGUUUUAAUUAUGGUUACGGAUGAUAAUGGUAAAGAGGUUGAAGUGAAUCGUAUUGAAAAGGGUGGAUACUUUGGUGAAUUGGCACUUGUUACACACCGACCGAGAGCUGCUUCUGCUUAUGCCUUGGAAAUGGUGAAAUGUGCUUUUCUGGAUGUAGAAGCGUUUGAACGUCUUUUGGGUCCAUGUAUGCAAUUGAUGAAGAGGAGCAUAAACGACUAUGAAGAACAGAUGCUCAAGAUAUUCGGAACAAAGCCGAAUAUGAAAGAAAUUCGAUGAACUGUCCGUGAAAAUUGUCGACGAGCCACGACCGCACCGACACUACCUACAUUAUCCUUCAAUAUCAUCUUAUUUUACAGCUAAAAUUGAUUUCAAAAAACCAUUUAAAUCACUAAAUGUUAUGUACCGGAUAAAAUAGGUCAUCAUAGGAGAGAAAACCAGUAAAAACUUUGCAAAACUAUGAGAGAACGUACAGAAUUUACUAGUCACGUGUACAUAAUUAUGAGAUUUUUUUUUUCUUUAUAUUUUUCUUUGUGAACCUUGCAAAGAUUUAACGGGCUUUUUAUAGAUCGCUGCUGGACAGCGAUUUUAGCGCAAAGAUGCCGUACUAUUAUACAAUUUAAAUGAAACAGAAAAGAUUGGUAAAGAAAAGAUUUUUUUAGGUUGUUUUAUUAAUUUUAUGGAAUGAUUAUUUUAUUGCAAUGUUCAUGAAAACUAUAUACAAGUUUUUUUAGGGUAAUAUUAUUAUUUUAACGGUUAUUUUUAUUUAUUAUACUUAGGUGUGUAACACUCGUGCUUAUAAAAUAUUUUUUUUGUUUAGUGCAAGGGAAUAAAGGAGUGUUACAAGUGUACUUGUAGUAUUACAAGAGAACGACUUUCUUUUUAGAAAUUUAAGCAUACAAUUUAAGUGUAUUAUUAUUUUUUUGUUUGAUUGUUAAAAAUAGUAUUCAUAUUGUUUAUUGAUCUGAUUUUAUUUUGUUCAUUUUAUGUUUUAGUACAAAUGUUUUUAGGUAGCGGCCGUUUAUUUAAAAAUUAAUUUUAUUUUGUUUUAAGAGAAAAAUUUAUCUGUAGAUCUGAUACGACUGUUAAAAUGUUAUUCUUAUAAGAUGCCAUUUAUUAAAUAUAGAGUAUAACCGUGACUGCCAGGCGGCGAUUAUACAGAGUUCAAAGUGUACAUUUAAGUCGGAGCUAAAAAAGGUUAAAAUGAGGAAAAAUCGAUACACAAAAUCAAUCAAAAAAGUGCUGGCGAAAUUUUUUAUCGACUAUCAAAAAAAUAAUAAAAAAAAUCGUUUAAAAUCAAGCGAACUUCUAAUCUGAACUACUUAUUUCAUACGAAUUUAAUGUAAUUUAUAUAUAAAUAAUAAUAUAUAUUUACUAUGUGGAUUUUUCCCCGAAAUCUCUUGUAAUAAAUGUGAAACGACUUUGCACAUUCGAACAUAAAUAAUUAAUUUGGCACCAAUAGUGAUAAUUAAAAAUAAAUUUUUGCAAUAAAAUUGUGUUACAUAUCAAGAAGACAAAAAAAAUAAUCAUUUUAAAGCAAAUAAGAAAAAUUGGGAGAAAAUAAAAUAAAACCAUUUUAAUAUUUAACAAUUAUCACUAUCGGUUUCAAAAAAGGAAUGAAAGAAUUGAAGCUUAGAUUUAUGAAUGUGCAAUUGACUGUUUUAAUACGAAUUUGUGACGUGUUGAGUGUUUCAGGUCCAUAUCAAGACUUAAAAUGCAAUGUCAGGUUGACUGAAAAGAUUAAAAGAAAUUAAAAAGAAAGAUUUAUUUAAAUUUUCAUAAUUUUAUGGAGUCUGUUAGAUUUUUUUAAUAGAACAGAUAAAAAUAACAUUAUAGAUUAAGGCGCUUAAAUGAUCUGUAAGAAAACAUUUCCGGUAAAAACUAUAUGUAUAAUAUAAAAUGGUUGUAUGUAUUAGUCGUAAUCUAGUCCCCUUCUUAUUAUAGUGUUUGCACAGUAACAUAAAAAGUUCCCUUAAAAUAGUAACAGUAUUAAAUUCACGUGUCUGGGCACAAUAGCGAAUCUAACAAACUCCAUUCACGCAUUUACACAACAACCUCUUGGCACAACUUCCGACAUUACAAAAAAAAAAAAGUUAAAACAAAAUCUUUAAAUGUGUAGAAUUAGAUUUGUGUAUAAUUAUUAAAAAAAUGCAAUUUAAUAAAAUGGUGAAAUGAACAAAAAUACACCAAUGAGAAAAAAAAUAUGAUCCGAUUAUAAAUACGUAUGUGUUAUUCGUCACCUGAAUGUUGUUUGUUUACUGUGGUAUAUGUUUCCUCUGAACUAUUAUAAAAUGAUCCAGACAAAAAAAUUUAUAAUAAAAACGAUAUCUUUGUUACGGCGGUUAUAAAAAGGAAAUGAUAAAAACUGCGUUAAGUAGCAAUAAGGGUUGCAAACUGCCGUAAACGACCGAAAUGAAAGAUCGAUACCCGAGAAUUGUUGGUAGAAACAAAAUAUUAUAAACCGAGCACGAUCAAAUUAAUGCCUUUUUGAAGCCUAGUUGAACGUACAUAUUUAUAAAUAAAAUAAUUCAAAAAAAAGCCGAUUAAUAAAAUGAAUAUUAAACAAAAACCGAAACAAUAAUAAAUUUUAGUGUUCCAAUCAAAAAAAAUUAAUAAAAUAAAUCGCGUACACGAUCUGUCACGAAACGUAUUCUAAAAUACACACUGUGAGUCUUUGUCCCUCCUAUCUUCUUCGAGAUUCCUUACUUAGUCAUGUGUACUGCUUCUACAUACAUACAAUGAUGACUAAAUGAGCUUAUUCAAUU